AUGGCCAAGGAGUUCUCUGAUCGCGAUGAGCUUGUAAGCAAGAGAACUAGUGGUAAGACUGUGGCGAAGUUAGAGAGUGGUGAAGAAUCGAGCUUGGUAGCUGAAGUCAAAACCCUCACAAAGCAGAUGAACGAGAGGCAGCCCCGUACUUUACCGAGCAAUACCCAGCAGAAUCCUAAGCCUCAACAGAACAAUCAAGGAUCUGGAACCAAGUAUAACCAUCCAAAUGCUAGGAAUGAGCAAGUCAAUGCUAUUACAACAAGAGUAGGUAACACUUAUAACUCUGCAAAUGCUUUACCUAAUGUUGUUACUCCUCUUGUGCAGGUUGAACAAGAAGGAACUAUGGAUGAGGAGAUCGAGAUGGAGCCGAACCCAGCCGUGAAGGUCCCGGUCGUUCCAUCUAAGAAUGUUGAGAAACCUACUGUUGAGACACCUUCGGUGAGGCCCUACCAACCGAAGGUGCCGUUUCCUCAACGGUUGAAGCGGGGGAAGAUCAAGGAGAACUUUAAGAAAUUAGUUGAGUUAAUUCAAAAUGUUAACAUUUCUGUUCCGUUAGUUGAUCUCCUUGCAGGUAUGCCCAACUACGCGAAGUUUCUUAAAGAUCUUAUUUCGGAUAGGAAGAAGCUACAAGAAGACAAGACGGCAGUUAUGAGUGCCGAGGAUGGUGGUUUUGGUGCAGAAACUGAAGAGAAAUGGGAGUUGUAA